AUGUCCGAUAAUCACCAUCCACAGGUCCUAUUGCCUAGAGAUCAAACGAAUAGUGCCGCUACCAAAGAUGACGAACAGUACCAACUAACCGUGGAUCAUGCUUUAAGGUACCAAAAGCUACUAGCCAAUAGAUCAGGCUCUAACUUGGCCAAUGGACCCUUGAUGACAAAACGUCUAAGGGAAAAUGAAAAGCCUCAAAGCAAAAACCCUCUCCAGGGCCUCGAUUACCUUUAUAUCAGAGCUAGGUUACCGGAUAGAACGGCUCUGGAUUACCAAUUGAGCGUCUCCAGCACUCUGCAUUCACUCUACGAAACAGUCAAGGGUUCUCUUCAGGAAGAGGCUUCCGCCCAUCUUGUGCUCUCGCUAUCUAGCCCUUAUACUAAGCUAAAGGAUGACGAUUCCAUAACGUUGAUAGAUGCAGGAUUCCACAAGAAAACGUUGGUCAUCGCAGAACUUCCCGACGUCUUGCCACCUUACUUGAAACCACAUCUUUUGGCAAAUGCAAAAUCCAUUGAACAAGCAAGCUCUACGGAAACUGUAAGCGAGGCAAAGGACAACGAAACCGCCCCUUCGCAGGAGGAGAAGAAACCCGCAAAGAAACUAACAAAGGCUCCAAAAUGGUUGAAAAUUAGCAAGAAAUGA